GGUUAUGGCUAUUAACGUCACUGGUUGACGUUGUUAGCUUGCGGUGAUACUAAUGGUAGUUCAAUGCAUUUUUAAUGAAACCGUGAUGUUUAUAGUCAAUGUCCAGUAACGGUAAACAAGAAUAAUAUCAAGUUCAAAAGACGAUUCCAGCUUCAGCUUUGUUUUGCCUCAUAUAUUCACAUGGGGCUGGUGUAAAAGCGAGCACUAGCACAAAGUUAAAAGCUAAUGUUGAGUAAGACGUUUGUAACGCUUCUAACUCGGCUAGUUGACGUGGAAGCUAACUAGUGUUAGCGCAGCAUAACCGGGAUUGCUUUGUCAUUGAAUGAUCUUGUUUGGAUGAUGUUGCAGUCACUACACACAACUGGAUCUUGCUGAAUAUUGGAUCAUCUCUAGUCCGCCCUCCCUUCUGAACCAAUGGAGGGGUCUGACAGCGUGGAACAGAAUGGCAGUGAACUGCCAGAGUCACAGCGCAGGAGGCAGCUGGACCGCCUGGACAGGGAGGAGGCCUUUUACCAGUUCGUCAACAAUCUCAGUGAUGAAGACUACCGUCUCAUGAGAGACAACAACCUUUUGGGCACUCCAGGCGAGGUAACACAAGAUGAGUUAUUCAAUAGACUACAGCAAAUCAAAGAUGGUCCUGAGCAACAGAAUAACACCGCUGGUACUGAAAGUGUAGAAGAUCCAGUUGAACAACCGGAAAGCUCAGAGGAUCCUGCCAGUGGUGAUAGUCUGCUUGACUGGCUGAACACUGUGAGGCGCACAGGCAACACAACUAGAACCGGUCAUCGUGGGAAUCAGUCAUGGCGGGCUGUGAGCCAGACCAACCCGAACAGUGGCGAUUUUCGCUUCAGUCUAGAAAUCAGUGUGAACCGCAAUCUGGCUGAGCAACAGGCAGCUAUUGAGGGAGAGCAGGAAUCAUCAGAGCAACCUCCAGAAGAAUCAUCAGAGCAACCUCCAGAAGAAUCAUCAGAGCAACCUCCAGAAGAAUCAUCAGAGCAACCUCCAGAAGAAUCAUCAGAGCAACCUCCAGAAGAAUCAUCAGAGCAACCUCCAGAAGAAUCAUCAGAGCAACCUCCAGAAGAAUCGCAAUCGCCAGAAGAAUCAUCAGAGCAAUCGCCAGAAGAUAGGUCAGAGCAACCUCCAGAAGAAUUGCCAGAACAGUCUCCAGAACAGUCUCCAGAACAAGCUCCAGAGGGUCAAGAAAUAGUGGCAAAUGCUGAACCACCAGUUCCCAUGGAGACAGAAGUGGUAGAAGAACCAGUUGUAGAUGAGUUGGCGGUCAUAGUGGAACCAGAGCCUGAACUAGAAGAGGUUGUUUCACAAGAGCUUGUAAGUGAAUCUCCCACCUCACCUUCUCCCCUGCCAGUGCAGCCACCACUCUGUCCUUCUCCACGCAGAGGGCAAAGGAGACCCCGCAGCCGAAGUCCAGAACCACGCAGGACUCGGGCCCGUUUAGCCAGGAGCCGCUCCCCUCUCAACUUGGAUCAACUUGAUGGACUUCCUAAUCCACGGCAUUCUUACAUCUCUCAAAGUGCCAGUUCUUCCAGCAGUGCUCCCCCUGUACCUCAAGUGGAGGGUAGCUCACGGACUCGACAGCAUGUUCUUUCAAGACCAAGCCACACUGAUGGAGAUGCUCAGCAGUCUAGGGCAGUUGCAGAAUCCAUUCCAGAGGCCCACAAUGUUGCCUCUCAGGAGGUAGAAGCCUCUGGGGGCGAAGGGGGCGCAGCAGGGCGUCGCCCCCCUACUAUUAUGCUUGACCUUCAGGUGCGCCGUGUGCGUCCAGGUGAAUAUCGGCAAAGAGACAGCAUUGCCAGUCGUACUCGCUCGCGCUCCCAGAACUCAAACAACACAUUUAUGUAUGAGAGUGAACGUGGUGGAUUUCGUAGGACUUUCUCGCGCUCUGAGCGUGCUGGUGUGAGGACCUACGUCAGCACUAUUCGCAUCCCCAUCCGAAGAAUCUCCGAUGCAGGUUUGGGAGAGGCAACUUCAAUGGCUCUCCAGUCUAUGAUACGGCAGAUCAUGACUGGGUUUGGUGAGCUUGGCUACCUCAUGGACUCUGACUCUGACUCUUCAGAUUCAAACCGUGGAGCCAGUGCUCCUGCAGAAAUAGAAGCCCUCCAUAAUCCAGAUGCUACACCUGCCGAUGCUCCUGCUGCUGAUGUUGACGAGCAACCGGUUGCUGCUGGAGGCAGAGGAAGGACGGUUGAAACUGAUAUGGAUGAAGGCCUUGCCACUGGUCCACCUCCCACUGGUGGCAGGGCUCGACCAAGACCACCUAUCGGCCUGGAGGAGCCCAGCUCCCUGCCCUUCCUGCGACUUGCUCACUUCUUCCUACUAAAUGAUGAUGAUGAAGACCAGCCCCAGGGGCUGACCAAAGAACAGAUUGACAACCUCUCCAUGCGCAACUUUGGAGAGAGUGAUGCCUUGAAGACUUGCAGUGUGUGCAUAACAGAGUAUGCAGAAGGGAACAAGCUACGUAAGCUUCCCUGCUCUCACGAGUACCAUGUGCACUGCAUAGACCGCUGGCUCUCCGAAAACUCCACAUGCCCCAUUUGCCGCAGGGCUGUCCUAGUGUCAGCCAACAGAGAGAGUGUGGUGUAAUGCUUUGACAGACUGAAGGCCUUUUGUCUCAGCCGAAGUAAUCCAAUAUCUCCCAAGUCUGUAAGAGGCUGUGAGAAAACGUGUUUCUGCUGUUGAAAUGUAUUUCCUUCAUACUAUUUGUGAGUUUGAUCGUAUUGCAGACAACAGGUUUUAUUUGGGGUGCUCCUUACAGUGACGAUGGAGAAUAUUUAGUUUUUAGUUAGACAUUUAUUAUUAUUGCAGUCCAAAGUGGGGCACAAGCGAUGCAUGCUGUCUAUCAACCCGUAGUGGCUGUGCAGUGUUGCGUUGCAUCAAGCCAUGCGCACAAGUAGACUGAUAUCUCAUAAAAAUAAAUCCUCUGAUUAUAAAUGCUGCACACUUGCAGGUAGUUCAGGCACUUCAAAUCUGUUCUCUCAACUCCCGAAUGGCCCCUUGUAUAACAUUAGCUGGGUAUAGGUACAGUUGCUAGUUACACCAGUUCAAAGUAUUAGCUGUAAAUAAGCUUGUAAAAUAAUUUUGAAUCAUACAUUGUAUCACUGAAUUGGUUUCGGAUUGUAAAUGAACUCGUUUGAAGAUCUGGGUCAUGAUGGUCUGCAAUUACUCUCUGAAUUUGAUUUUAAAUGUUUAGGUGCUAACAAUGUAUACAGCAGAAUUAUUUACAGAUUGUGAUGUCCAAAGGAUGGAGGACAAAGUGUUUUGCAAUUUACAGUGUGACUUGUGCUCUCCAUUCUUGUUCACCCUAAAUAAAACACUUUUUUUUCUUCUUUGUUUGGUUUUGAGCGGGAUAUACCAUAAACUCGCAGAGGGAAAAAAAACCCAGAAUGUUGAACUUUUUAGUUUUUUUUGUUUUUGUUUGUUUGUUUGUUUUUUUGUUUUUUUUUCUCCAAAAGUUAAAGUCUGUUUUGGAUUAAUAUUGUAUUGUUACUUUCUUGAUUAUUGUAAUGCCAGAUGUAAUCGUAUGAGAAAAUGAAAGCUUUUUCAUUAUGGGUAAUGGAGGCUUUGUCAGUAUCAAGUUGUGAGUUCCCCACCUCUAAAAUAUUAGCAGGCAUGACACAGAUGCAAAAGGACAUUUACUUUUAAUACUAAAUGAUGUCACAGUUGUGAUCCUUUCAUGUGUUAUUGUUCUUCUCGAUUCUUUUUUUUCUACUAACAAUUGGAUUAAUUAAAUAUGAAAUAAAUUGUGGUCUUGGCAGAGUGAAAUAAUCACAGAUUGAAUAAAAUGGCAAUCCAGACUUGCUUCCUCAGCUCAAGCCACAACAGAUCUCUUUACCUUUCAGUCCACCUUCAUGUUUAAGUUGCAGCUUAAGUUAUUACCCCAAAGGUUUGAUAUAUACCAAGUCUGGGGUGGGAAAGUCUCCAUUAUUGUUCAUUGGGUUUUGCUUCAUAGGAAAGUCAAGUUUCUUGACCACUGUGCCCUCCUGCCUCACGAGCAAAUGCUCCAUAUCUGUGUGCAAUACAUGCAAUUGUAAAAGUAAGGAAAUGAAGACUUAUUACCCAUUAUGUGUUGAAUUUAUUUUAUUUAGAAGUUCUGUAGGUUUUAAUAGCACUGUUGAUGAACAGGGACACUGGCUAAAGGAAGAAAAAAAAAAAGCAACACUUAAAGCCAUCCUGUCACAUUUCUUAUUUUAUUGUUUGAUGUCUUAGCCACAACUAUUACUUCCCUGUGUGGAGCAUAAAGGUUUGAAUGCAAGAUGAUGUUGAAUACCAUUAACAUGUAAACAAUGUAUGUUCCCUCAUAGGCCAUGCUUUAGUUUUGGCCUUGUUCUGUGAUCCAUCCAGUGCAGUAUGUUAACUGGGUGUUAAAUGAAAACUAACCGCUGAAUUAAACAAGUCGUUAUGCUAUGAAA